CGGAAUGCUUCGCGUGUCGCUUGGACAUCUACCUAGCUAGACAAUCUAUCGGUGACCGACCACCUUUUGCACCCAGAGAAGGGCGUUCAACGGUCAAGUGCUGCCUGGGGGUAACCCCGGCUGGCGUGGGCACCUUUUCAAUUCUCCCCGCAGCUUAUUAAUGUUCUUGUCAUACAUGGGGCGGCCGUCACCUCCUAAAAUGUUUUAGUGCUGUUGCUCCUGUCUGACAACUUGUUAGGGCCUGUUCGACAAGCGCAACUUGAAGUGCCAACUAGCAUUAAUUAUUACCACCAACCUCGAGCUUUCCGCAUUCAGGCUCCAACUGUCAGCCGAACCCCCUGCCACCCAAGCCACCACAAGACUCUCAUCCAUAUCAACCAAACUCCCGCUCGUGGCCCCUCAGGACCUAAACGCUCGUUUCACACGUUCACCACCUGAUCCGUCGCAACUGUAAGCAGGCCCGGCGCAGCUACAUCUCGCUUUGUUCAGUUCAACUUUGAAAUGAGUUUAGGUAGGUGUAGCGCUCAAAAGAACCCGGUCUCGGCGCUCUUCUGUGUGAUCAGGUGACCUGCAUUAAUGGUCUCACUGGCCGGCACUGGCACUGCAGUGCAACUGCAUCACUUUAUUAUUGACCCAAAUGAUUUCUCCCCUUCACAUCUGGACGGGUGCAGCAACCAUCACCAACAUACAAGUUCUCUAAUUCUACAGAGGAACAUGAUUGCCGUGCUUGACGGCCCUCGAACAAUUUCUGCAGUUUGAGCCGACGCUUCCCGUCAUGGAAACAAACAACUCUCCAGAUAAUUUCGUUCCGCCCUCACCUCAUUCCUUUCCCACGUUAUGACUCCAAUAGCUGAGCGGGCCGCUCGCCUUGCUCUUUCGACGUUCGAUGCCCUGCCUCAAAAGUGUAAGCCCCGCACUCUUCCCGAUGGCAGAAGAGAAUGGACGCCAAUGGCUGCCGUUGUGCUGGCUCGGGCGGGUGACGAUCCCGAGUUGGAUUGCGUGGCUUUGGCGACAGGGACGAAGUGUCUCUCUUCGUCCGCUCUUCCAGAUUGUCGAGGCUUGGUCCUCCAUGAUUGCCAUGCUGAAGUCCUGGCCUUGCGUGGGUUCAACUACUGGCUUCUAUCUGAAGUUGAGAAACUCCUUGAGAGUCCAGAAUAUGAAUCUCCAUUUCUGGAAUCAGCAGACCACUGUAGCGCAGAUGACCAGUUCGUGCUCCUCUCAACGCCACGCGCCCCAUUCCGUCUCAAACCCACUGUCAUGGUGUACUUUUUCACCACUGAAGCUCCUUGCGGCGACGCGUCCAUGGAAAUCUUGAUGAAUUCCAUGCCGCCUGGCGAAGCAGCACCUUGGCCCGUUGAGGAGGAUGCUACCACAAUUCUCCAAGGCCGAGGUCACUUCUCGCUGCUAGGCCAUGUGCGAAGGAAACCCGCUCGUGCUGAUGCCGAACCAAGCUUGUCCAAAUCUUGCACCGAUAAGCUCGCUUUGAAACAAUUCACAAGCUUAAUCUCCUUCCCCGCGGAUCAUCUUGUCCAGAGGACGGAAAAUGCCUUUAUUCGUUCUGUUAUUGUGUACUCCGAUCAAUUCAACUAUGACGGGUAUGCAAGGGCGUUUUCCCGGUCGGGUAGGCUAUGCAAACUUGAGCAUCUAGGCCAGUUCUUCACCGUUGAAGCACUCAAUCCAGAUUUUCCACGUUUUCCCUUCAGUAAGAGUAACACGAAACAGGAGCUCAGAAGUGGAUCCAAGUCCAAAGCAAGCAAUAUAUCAGCUCUAUUCAUCCGAUGUUCUCAAAGGGGGCACAAGGACGUGCUGGAGAUAUUGGUCAAUGGCGUUAAACAAGGCUACAAGCAAUGGGACGAAAGACAAGGCAAAGCAAGUGUGGUGUCCCGCAAAAGGCUCUGGCAGUACGCCCUCGAAAUUGCCAACACCGUCCACAGCCCUAAGAAUCCAUCUGGCAGAGACGAUCGUCGAGCGAUGAAUGAUGAAGAAUGGCACCUGUCCCUAGAACGAUCAUUGGGCCAGGCGACCUAUGGUGCUGCGAAAUCUACGACUUCUCGAUCCACAUAUAUAGAACGCAAGCAGCUUGUCACGGACUUUCUGGGCAAUUGGUCCAAGAAUCAAGGAGAUGAUGGAUGGUCCUUGUAGUAGCAGCCAGCAGGCGGUCGCUUUGUUCCAUAUGGCCAUUGACGCCGGUCGUCUUGCUCGACUAUGCCGCCAUCAUUUGAAGCAAAGUAAGGUGGCCUUAUCGUGAACGCUUGUUCUAUGCCAUACACAACACAAGCAACAUAACAAGCGUCCCUUUCAUUGCAACAAGGGUUAAUUUGUUGGUGGACGCGCCAGUCCCGACGGCAGUGCCCAUGUACUGAACGGAUCAAUGUAUUGACUGUUGUUGCGGUUUUGGCCCAUGGCAAAGAUCUUCAAUGCCAUGGAUCUAGACCUGGAAGAGGUACCAAGUCGAGCCAUCAUAUCGCUCAAUUGUGUGAUCAUAUAUUUAUCUAUCCAACUUUUGCUGCUCCACCAUUCCCGUGUACCUUGCCGUCUAUUCUAGCCUCCGAGUUGGUGUACACUAUUCCUCUGCAGGGUUGGUGUAGUAGAUCGUUGUCCUUUGAAAGAAUCACCUGGUAUAUCCAGUGGCCUCGUCCGCACGAGCCAUGCAGGAUUCCAGGGUCGACCAGAAGCGAUCGAGAUCGAGAGACCUGGGAAUGGUGAUACCGAUUCCAUUUCUCGCCUUGGUCGCCACGGUCCGGCCGACUUGUUCGCCUUCCAAGACGACAUCGACAUUCCAUCUCUCGCCGCCGCGGUCGUCGAAGGCUAUUCUCUUAGCCGGAUCUGGAAGCGCGCCUAGCAGAACCGUAACUGCAAUGGGGUCAUGCAGGGGCGGACCCUCGGUCAAGCCAAAUACAUCGGCAUACGUCUGGGCGAAGAACAUGAGCAAUUCAGUAAACAUGGUGCGGAGCCUUGUGGGGGGCUGGAGUUGAGGUUUGGAAGGGUCGCUGGAAGAGCUGGGGUCACGCGGUUGUCUAUGGCCAUGCAGCAACAAAUCGCGGACCUGUUGCGUUGCAUAGGCCUGGUGGGUGAGGUCGAGGGGUAUCAGAGUGGUUUUGGCCUGCAGCACAGGAUUCUGCAGGACGGCGCGCGCCGCCUCCGGGUCGGCCCAGAUGUUGAAUUCAGCCCAGGGAGUCCGGUUUCCGAUGCGGUCGUGAGUGGCGCCCGUGAUUGUGUUGAGCUGCGGCGGGCCGCCCAUGGUGACGUGGGUGAAGUCUCCUCCGAUGGAUCCGCCCAUGAUGGACAGGCCAGCGACGUGGUUUACCAAAUCCGGAUCCAGGGCGAACAGAAGCGCGACGUUGGUCAAUGGUCCCGUGGCGACCAGCCAGGCAGUGUUCGCGGGUUGAGCCCGUAAUGAGGCGCGCAUCUCCAAAAUCGCAUUGCAGUGAGCCAGGGCAGAGCGCGACGGCUCGGGCAGCAGUCCACUACCGGCGAGCCCACUGGCGCCGUGGAUGUCGCUGGCCGUGUGGAUCACCCGGCAGAACGGGUGCGCAGUGCCUGGAAACACUGGCACUCGCGGCUUGCCGAUGGCUUCGAGUACGCUGAGUGCGUUAUGCGUGGUUUGCGACAGUGACGCGUUGCCAUGGACGGUGCUCAGCCCCAACAGAUGCAGGGAUGGGUGGUACGUCGCCAGGAGAAUGGCAUAUGCAUCCUGAGCAUGGUAGAUGUUUCUCUCGAUCAGGUUUGCUUCAAGGAAGAAUGGGGGAUGAAGAACGGCGAGGAGGAAAACUCACAUCAUGACCUGUCAUGGCCACGAGUAAGAAAGAGCUGACCGGACCAUAGCGGAUGUCAAAUGAAGAGGGCACAUAUAUCGUUUAGAUAUAUGUAGCAGAGAGACGGCGAGGGAAAGUGUGGGUUGUCGCCUACCUGGGUCGCAGUCUAACCAUAGGGGGAUUUUGUGAUGUGUGAUAUGAUGCUCACCCAUCUUGUAAUAUCGACUCGGUGAAUAUGGACAUGGAUGAAUGAAAGGAGGGCAUAUUACGAGGAACGUGUAAGCAGAGACGGAGACGGAUGCCAGUGUUGGCUGUCAGGCUGAGGCCCGGCCCGAUUGCUCCAAAGAGGGAAAGUCGCGCGACAGCAUAAAUUGACCGCGGACUCGACCGUGACCCG